GGGGUUUGUGUUUGUGAACUACUCACUGAUUGGCUGAGGAGCGCGACGUGUACAUCACCCUGCUUCAGGUCUCACACAUGUGACACUGACAUCUGCGCGUGUGUGCGUGUGUCCGCGGUAUGGCCACCAUGCACAGCUACUGUCUUCUCCACACUCUCCUCAUCCACUUAUGAUGACGACUGCAAGGCCACGCUUUCUCUGUCAACAUAAAGUUGAAUUAAAGGCCCACUGAAGCUGUGACAUCUUUGGAGAACCUGGUAAAGAAGCAGGAAGCAGGAUGAAGUCCAAAGGAAAAGCUGUGAAAUCAUCCUGGUCUGACCCAGAGCCAGAACUUGAACCAGACACGGAACCGGAACCUGGCUCUAGUGAGCAGGAGGGAUCCGAGGCGUCCAUGCGGAUUGGCUGCUCCUGGAGAGGUUCCUUGAGGAGCCGGGAGGGCAAGCGGCAAGGAGGACCCAGGGGAGGUCGCCGGCGCCGGCAGCACAGCUCCACCACAAAGGAGCGCAGCAUCCGACGUCUGGAGAGCAACGAGCGGGAACGCCAGCGCAUGCACAAACUCAACAACGCCUUCCAAGCAUUACGCGAGGCCAUCCCACACGUGAAGACGGACAAAAAGCUGUCCAAGAUUGAGACACUGACGCUGGCAAAGAACUACAUCAAGGCCUUGACCUCCAUCAUCCUGGACAUGUCGGGGGCCUGCCUACCUGCUGGCGAGGUCCCAUCGGAGGCCAGUGCCGCCAAGCUGCUCCAGUGCUACCAGCAACACCUGGAAGAGGAAGGUGAGGAGGGUCUCACACAGUACCUCACCCACGUGCACAGCUUCAGCCAGCGCAGCUAGCAGAUGAGGAAGCUGGUCUCCAGGCAGCGGGAGAUUAGCGUGGACUUUUAGGGGCCAAAUGAUAUCUUGUUCCUGCAGGUGCACUGCUGUGGGAUCCAGUCAGGAAGGAGGUGUACUGGUGAGGAACCCAGUUGACUUUACUGCAGCACUUGAACACAGCAAGUGGGCUGCUCUUCAUGCAACAGGCAGUAUGAAGGAUGAACUUCAUUUGAAAGGGCUAAAUGUUUGGACUGUCCUGUUAAUUUUUAACUUCUUGGUUCGGAAGCUGGGAAUUCUUCCUCUCCCCUGUUUUGUAAUUAUGUGAUCUUUUGCGUCGGUUGAAAAAAAAAUUGCUGAGCAUAGCCUUCAGUCACAACUGUUGGAUGCAGAAAGGGAACACAGACAUUUAAAUGUACAUGUGUUUGCUCAUUUGCUCACGAUGAGGAUGAUCUCCCAUCCCGCUGAGAACACAAAUGACUUGUCUGACUUGUCUGCAAAGAUGUUGUUUCAAGAGUUAGGUUAUUUGUAAUGUCCUGAGGCAGGACAUUAUACUGAAGAUGCGCUAUCAAUAAACAUAUAUUUAUUGACUGGUAUUGGAUUGUGCACCACAUGUGUGACAUAAAGAUGUCACUUCAACACAGUAACAGACCAUAAAUUCCUCAUUCACAGAAAGCAAUACAUGCCCACAUAUAAUUUCUACGUAUUAUUUUCAAUUGAGUGUGAAAUGUUAGCAGUCAACAUGCUACAUAGGGCUACAAUUUUACAACAAAAAUAUUUUUUAGACCAGUUCUGAGAAUGGAGUUUCCCCUUAGCAUUGCACAUACUCCAGAGACAAUUAAGAUAAAAAGUGGUCAUAAUAAUGUCUAAAAAUAAUCAGACAUCAGCUUGUCGACGUAAGAAGUAGCCACCAGAUCAAUGCAGGAAUUGUGUGUAGUAUUGAACUCAUGGCAGGUGUGAAAUGACCCACCCGAGUAGAUGCGUGUAAUUAGUAAUAUUAAUCCUGGUACUUCAUUUCACUCUUUACACAAUUAAAAUCCACAGUUUAUUGAGCGCUGCGCUUAAGGGUAUUUGUCUUAACUUUUAAAAUUUCCCACAAAGACUUGGUAGCUGCUUCUGGUGCAGCAGCCACAUUUGGACAACAGGUGAGCAAACAGUAACUAUACACGAUAUAGCAACAAAAAUGGAACUGAAUACUAUACACAUCUUGAUGCAACGUAAAUCAUACCAUUGAAAGUCAUACAGACGUUAAGUUUCCAAGGAAUGCAACAGUAAAAUGUUCUAUAAAGGCAAUGAAAGGUUGGUAUGACUCUAAACAUCUGUGUUACUAACAGAUUGGGGGAUCCUCAGGGGUCUGAGCAAGUGGGCCGUCUAGGGAAGGGAGACAGAUUCGGGGCGGCUCCAUGGCAUUCCCUCGAGCAGUGAUGUGGUCCCACCCACCCUAGAUGGCAAGAGGACCAUAAUAUUACUUAAUGUAUGCAAAAAUAAUUGCUAAAAAUCUCACUAUUCUGAAUUGUAAGUAAUUACUUAAAGUAAGUAAUUGUAAUGAUUUUAACUGGGUUCAUUAAGUCACAUGGAGUAGCAGUAGUAGUAGUGUAUUUUUAUGUACUCUCGGCUUUUGUGAGUGGGGGAAUGCCUUGUGUCUACACUCCAGUCGUUCCUUACCCCAAUUCCAUAAUCCCAUGACUGCCCUUUGGGAUCCAUGGGAUGGAUUCCAAGUCGAUGGCACACUGUCCCACGACUCAGGCUGUGACUGCCUUGCACCUUGUCUGCUAUGAUCCACACCUAAACCCACACCACAAUCAGCUUCCACACAACACAUGGUUUCAGUCAUACUUUUGAAUCAGCACCAGUUAUGUUCAUAUUACAAGGGAAGAUGGCACCUGCCUUUACAAACAUAAUGUGUCGUUGUUUGACUGAUACGAUAAGAGAAGUAUUCAUUCAACAACUGUGUAUUUUCAUUAUUGUGGAUGUUAACCAAGAGACAGUCCUGGUAUGCUGGCACUAACCUGAUCCAUAGGCCCAACAGAAACUUUGCGCACAUUAUUAGAUACAAACUCCCACGAGGAGCCCUGAGGGUAGCUGGGAGUCAAACCCUUCCGGUACCAUAAGUUACCUGAACAGAAAACAUUACAAACAUGGUUAGAAAUAGUAUGAAAAUAGACAUGACUGAGGCAAGUAACUACAGUAAUUGCUCGUUUAUCGCGGUUAAUUGGUUCCAGACUCGACCGUGAUAAGUGAAUUUCCGCGAAAUAGGAAUUGUUCUUUGUAAAUGGAAUGAUUUCGUAUUUAUCGCAUAAAAAAACGGUUUACGAUCUUUUAACAUUAUUAGAGCCAUCUAGACAUGAAAUAACAACCAUGUAGUCACCUUUACGUUCGUAUUACCCAGUAUAGCAGAUUUAAGACAGUUUACCUUGUAGGGGAGCAGAAUCAAUGCCGGAGAGGAAGUGACGUUGGGGGUUCAAGAGUUGAGUUUUAGCUUGUUGUGGGCUAUGGCCCCAACAGAAUCCAUGUUACUAUUAUGAUCAGGAUUAUUAUUGUUAUGUUAUUAAUAUUAUUGUGCCUGUUGUCAGAUAAUUUAAACCUGCAAUAAAACCCUGUCUGUUCAAAAUUCAAGAUUCAAGAGUUUUAUUGUCAUAUGCAUAGUAAAACAGGCAGUUAUACUAUGCAAUGAAAUUCUUAUUCUGUUGAUUCUCCCAAGAAAAGAAAGAAAACACAAGAAAAAAAUAAGAACAUAAGAAACAUAAAUACCAAUAAAUUAAGCAACAACAACAGAAGAGACAUUAAUACAAAUAAAUAAUACAAAUAAAUAAAUAAAUAAAAGUACUACGAGUGUGUGCGUAUGUUGCGUGCGGUGUGUGUGAGUGCUUCGUUGAGAAGCCUGA